CAGUUCGAAAGGGAUUCGAGAAAGGACGCCGACAGGACAGCCAAUCUGGACUUUGACGCCCGCGUCCCCAUCCCCUUCAGUGUCUUCCCGUCGUCGUACCGGAGUGACGCUGUUCCUGAAGCUACUCUCGCGGCCACAGCCAGAGUAGAGGAAGAAGUCAAUCUCGAUCGCACUUCGCACGUCGAACGGGAAGAUACUCGAACCUCUGCUCCUCUUCCCGACCCGCGUGUCUACGGAAAGGAAGAAAUCGACCUUCACUUCGUUGAGCGCGAUCAGCACUCUUCGCGCCCCAACGACGUCAGUGUCCACUUUGACGAGCGAGUCACUACUACCACUAGUACUGCUCCUCCGCCCCGGUAUCCUGAGGUUGAUCUAACACGCGAACGCUAUCGUGAACCGUCGGUCCGUUUCCAAGACCGUCAACCCACGUACGAUCAAGCUCUUCAGACUCAGCUCGAUAUCACUGAGCGUGAGUACCGUCGUCGGGUCAACAACCCUACCUACGACGUCAACCCCGCCUACAACCGGUCUACCCAGGCUCCUGUUGUAGACUCCUACGCUCCAGGCCCCCGCCAGCCGACCAGGGACGUAUCGUACGACCGCACUGUCCAAUCAGAGAUCGACGUCUCUUACGACCGUGCGUACCAGUCCAAGCCCGUCGACAGCUACCAACGGGACCCCAACAGCCGCCGUCAACAAAGCGUUGAGCCGGUUCCCCAAGCUCCUGCUUCAGCCAACGUUAAGGUCUACAAGCCCAAGACUGUUGUGGAUUCCCCUCCUUCUCGCAAGAUGGGCUACUACGACGACGACGGUAACUAUCACUCCUUCCGUCGUGGUGUGGAGCGCGUUGCCGACCGCAUCAUGCACCCCACCUCCUCCCACCACCACCAUGGUCACAAAGACCACGAGGAACUAGUCGUCGCUGACGAACGCGGGCCAGUUCGAUUCCGUGAAGGCGUCCGUGAGGAUGUCCGCAUUGUGGAGCCCCGCGCCGGCAACUCUUCCGCCACCGCCGAGACCGUGCCGAUUCCCGUCCACUUCAUCCGCAUCGGCGACAUCCUGAUCCUCCAGGGUCGUCCCUGCCAGGUGAUCCGCAUCUCCGUCUCCCCCCAGACCGGCCAGCACCGCUACCUGGGUGUCGACCUCUUCACCCGGGAGCUCCAGGAGGAGUCCAGCUUCGUCUCCAACCCCUCGCCCUCGGUGGUCGUCCAGACCAUGCUUGGUCCCGUCUACAAGACCUACCGCAUCCUGGACCUCCGUGAUGACGGCCGCCUGGUCGCCAUGACUGAGACCGGUGAUGUCAAGCAGGGCCUGCCCGUCGUUCCCCAGGGUCACUUGUUCCGCCGCAUCCGUGAGGCGUUCGAGGAUGGCCGUGGCAGCGUUCGUGCCCUUGUCAUCAACGACGGUGGCCGCGAGUUGGUCGUUGACUACAAGGUGGUCCACGCUUCCCGCUUGUAA